AACAUAAUAAGAACCCUAAACAAAAAUCCCUCAACUAAAUAAAGAAGAAGAAGAAAAGCCCUAACCAAAACCUUCAACAACAAAGAAGAAAGACACAACAAGGUACAAAACCCCCCAAAGUCCACUCUCCCUCUUCAUCAUAUUUAAUUUAUUUUUAUUCAAUUUUUCCCUAGUUAAUCAAUCAAUCCCUUUCAAUUAUUUAUUCAUCACCUGCUGCUGCUGCAUCAGAUUCAGCCCUUUUUAUUUCAAUCCAAUUUCAAGAAAACAAAAAAAAAAAAAAUUAAUAAUAAUAAUUUCAAGAAAAUCCGCCAUGGAUGGACACUCCCUCCCUCCUCCUUUCCACACUCGAGACUUCAAUCUCCACCACCAAUUCCACCACCCCAUCGACGACGCCGACGAGCACAGCGAAACCAGCGCCCUCAAGCGCCACCGUGACGUCGAUGAUAUCGCCGCCGACGACUCCCACGGCGGCGGCGGCGGCGCCUCCGCCGAAGGAGAACUCUCCGCCAAUCGCCGCCCCCGUGGCCGCCCCGCCGGAUCGAAGAACAAACCAAAACCCCCGAUUAUCAUCACCAGAGACAGCGCCAACACCCUCCGGACUCACGUUAUGGAAAUCUCCGACGGCUGCGACAUCUUCGACAGCGUCUCCACCUUCGCCCGCCGCCGCCAGCGCGGCGUCUGCGUCAUGAGCGGCACCGGCGCCGUCACCAACGUCACCCUAAAACAGCCGGCGACUCCCGGCGCCGUCAUGACUCUUCACGGCAGGUUCGAGAUCUUGUCCCUCUCCGGAUCCUUCCUCCCGCCGCCGGCUCCACCGGCGGCCUCCGGCCUCACCGUCUACUUGUCCGGCGGCCAAGGUCAGAUCCUCGGCGGCAGCGUCGCCGGCCAGCUCAUCGCCUCCGGUCCAGUCCUGAUAAUGGCGGCUUCCUUCAGCAACGCCGCCUACGAACGGCUCCCCCUAGAAGACGACGAGAAUCCAGUCCAAGGUCAGGGAAGCUCCCUCGGCUCGCCGCCGCCGCCGCCGCCGUCGCAGAAUCAGCAGAUUUUAGCCGAUCCGAACUCUUUGUUUCAGGGAAUUCCGCCGCCGAAUCUGAUGAACUCGAUUCAGAUGCCUAACGACGCUUUUUGGGCGACGGGACGACCGCCGUUCUAGAUCGAAAUCAAAUCAGAUCAAAUCGAAUCGAAUCCAUCCAUCGAUCGAUCGAAUGAUUGAUUGCAAAAUCUUGGUAAUUCUUCUGCUGCACUGAUCAAUCGAUCGUCACUUUGGGGGGAUUAAUUCAAGGAUGAAAUUACAAAAUUAGGGUUUUCAGAUGCAAUUUGGGGGUUAUUUUUCAUUAAUGUUUUUCACCAAUUUUAAUCUUUUCUUUUUUUAUUUUUCUUCAAUCAUAUAAGUUGACCCAAAGUUUGUAGCUUUUAUCAAAGUGCUUAUUGCAGACUCUUUCUUCCCCAAUGAUCAAGUCCAACUUUUUUCACAAUUUCUCACCAAAAUUAUAAAAAAAAAAAAAAAAAACCCUAAUUUCUUUUAGGGUUUUAAUUCAUCAUAUACUAUUUUAAACAACACUGCCGGCUUUAAUUAAUUAGGUCUAUAACAAAUCUGGGCAAUAAAUAAAUUAAUCAACACCCAUAUUAUAUAACUAUAUAAUUGCAAGCUAGAAGAAGGUCUUCAUUAAAGCCAUGGCUGGCCAAAAACAAUUUUCGAGAUGCUAGCUAAGAGUUGUGAGAAGGUGCUCCUUUUCGAGGAGAUAGACUGUAAAGGGAACAGCAAACAGCACAGCAAAGCACAGCACAUUACAAAGUGCCUAUGAGCGGUUUUUGCGGGCUUCUUGGAAUUGAGGUUUGUAGUGUUUUUGGCAAUUAAAUGUUAAUUUUUUUUCUUGUAGUUUGUUGGAUGUGUGUAAUAAGAGAAUUUCGAGGGUCAAUGGGGCAUUGGCAAGAUCGAUCAGAUUCUUUGAACUGAAUUAAGAAGAAGACAUAUACACGAGACUCGACUCGAUCAUCAUGACUUCUUGCUUCCUCUUAGUGCUACACACCCAUAUGUCCCCCCCAACCUUGUUUUUCGAGCUUAUCUGAAUCUAAUUUUGCAAUAGGGUUUUGAAAGUUUUGGAAAGUUCUAGAUUAAAUAAAGAAAAUUGAAUAAAAUAUAAGUAUUUGAUGUGAUUUUUCGAUUGAUAGUAUCAAAAUUUUCAAAAAUAUUUAUAGAAAGAAUGCGGGUCGUCAAUGGAUCG